AUGGCAGAGACUAAGCUGAAAUACAACGGAAACAGAUGGAGGAUCAUUACACUCUACAGCCAAAAAAUUGAAGAAACGAUGAAAACACUAACGGAAUGGAUACCAGAAGAAGAGGAAAACUAUUUACUGAUAGGAGGAGAUUUCAACGCGAGAACUGGAAGCGAAGGAGGCCCGAUUGAAGAAGAAGAAGCAGAAAAGAGAAGCAAAAUCAGACGGUCCAUAGACAAAGUGAGUAAUAGAGAAGGACGAAUAUUGCUGAAUAGAAUAGAAGAAAGAGGUUGGUCAAUUUUAAAUGGAAGUUUUGACAAAGAAGGAGGAUGGACAUAUAUAGGAGGAUCGGGGAUGUCAGUCAUAGAUUACAUAAUAGGAAAUGACAAAGCGUUAGGGGAAGUAAAAUCGGUGGAAGAAGGAGAAAGAACAGAGUCGGACCACAUGCCAUUAGAAGCAGAAUUAGUAGGAGCACAAACAAAGAAGAAAAACGACAGAAACAAGAAAAGGGAAAUAGAGAAAAGCGUUUGGACAGAAGAAGGAAUAGAAAUGUACAUGGAAAACUGCAAAGACUGGGCGAGCACACAGGAGGAAACGGAAGGAAUAUGGAAGGAGAUAAGUGACAAGAUAAAGAAAUCCAUAAUAAAACAGAUAAAGAAGAUAAUUCCAUGGAAAAUAGGAAAAAAACAGUGGUACAACAAAGAGUGGAAAGUAAAGAAAAGAGAAUUAAGGAAGACACUGAGAAAUAUAAAGAAGAAAAGAAUUAGCAAAGAAGACUACAUUGCAAAGAGAAAAGAAUACAAAGAGUGGUGUAAAGAGCAGAAGAAGAAGCAUGAACAGGCAGAAGAAGAGGAAAUCCGAAGGAUAAAGAGCGAGAAAGAGGCGUGGAAGUAUAUCAAUAAAUACGGAAAGAAAAGAAAGGAGGGGAUAUGCGACAACAUAAAGAUGGAAGAAUGGAGAGAUUAUUUCAUAGGACUCGGAAGCAUACAGGAAAAAGAAACAGACAUAGGCGAACGAGAAAGCGAUACAGCCCCCGGAGAAGACGGAAUAGAGAACGAGGCGUGGAAAUUUAUGUCAGUAGAAAUAGGAGAAGAAUUUUGGAAACUUAUCAACAAAAUAUGGAAAGGAGGAGGACUACCAAGAGAUUGGAACAGAGGAGUAAUUAGCCCAAUUUACAAAAGAGGAGAGAAGAACGAGAUAAAGAAUUACAGAGGAAUAACAUUAUUGGACUCGGCGUACAAAAUAUAUGCAAGCAUACUAAAUGAAAGGUUAGAAAAAGAAACAGCAGAUAAAUUGAGAGAAACGCAGUUCGGAUUCAGGAAGGGAAGAGGAACUAUGGACGCAGUCUUCACGAUAAACUACAUCGUGAACAGAGAAUUGUGCAAGAAAGGAGGAAAAAUAUUCGCAUUUUUUGCGGAUAUGAAAGCAGCUUUCGAUAAGGAGAAGAGAAAUCUCAAGAGUUUUGGACAGGUGGAGGACUCAGGCAAGGUUGCCCAUUAA